AUGGAGAGGACCCUCUCUGUGGAGAGGGCCCCUGGCAGGAGGACAGAGCCACUGAGCCCGCUGCCUUUGGGGACCGACCCCCAGGAGAAGCAGCGAGAGCAGACCUCUGCAGAGGCUGAGGCAGAGCGGGAACUGCGGUGGCUGGAGCUAGGCUCUGAGGCGGCCCUGGAAAAAGGGAAGGAGGGGGCCUGUGCCCCACACAGCUGGGGUCGCCUGUUCCAGGCCGUGUGGCAGGGCCAGGCAAGCCUGGUGACACAGCUGCUGAGGCAGGGGGCCAGAGUGGACGAGAGGGACGGCGCCGGCCGCAGCCCGCUCCACCUGGCAGUGCUGCGCGGCCACGCGCCUCUGGUGCACCUCCUGUUGCAGCGCGGGGCCCCAGCGGGCGUCCCAGACCGCGAUGUAGAGGCGCUGCUUGGCCAUGGGGCAGACCCCAGCCUUCAGGACAGACAUGGCCGCUCUGCACUCCACAGGGCUGCUGCCGCUGGACACCUGGCCUCGGUGCAGCUACUGGUAGUCCACAGUGCUGACAUCAACGCUCAGGACUCGCUGGGCCUUACACCCUUGCACCACGCUGCUCGGGGAGGCCACAUGGAUGUCGCCAGCCACCUCCUGGACAAGGGUGCACAGGUCAAUGCUGCAGGCUGGCUCCGCAAGACCCCCCUGCACUUCUCUGUGGAGUCACACCAUGGCCCUACCACAGAGCUUUUGCUGAGCCGAGGGGCCAGCCCCACCCUGAGGACACAGUGGGGUGAGGUGGCCCAGGACCUUGUGUCUGAGGCAAGCCUGUGCAGGGAGCAGAAGGAGUGCUAG